AUGGGCCGCGAUUACGACGACGACCGCAGCAAGAAGCGGCGGAAGCUCGAUUUCAAUCCCCUUCGCUCUGACGACCGCUUUGGUGACAUUCCCGCGCGCUCCCACAGCAACAGGAAUAAUGGCUCGCUCCAAUCUCGCAGCUCAACCCCCCGAGGUUCCCGACUCGAGGGCGCCAGGACGCCACACCAUCGCGGCGAUGACGGUCCGGAAUUAAGCCCCGGCUUCGACGCGGAUGCGGAAAACGCCCUCGACCGGGACUGGUACGGCGGCGAUGACGACCUCGGCGGGCACACCUUCGGCGACGAGACGCACAAUCCGUUCGGCGACGACAGCUACUGGGCGGCGCAGGAGCGUGAGGCGGCGCUGGCCGAGAAGAAGAUGAACAUGCUGUCGCGGGGCAUGAUGAACGCGCGCCAGCUGCAGAAGCAGAAGGAUGUGGAUGCGUGGGAGACGAAUCGGAUGCUGACGUCUGGUGUGGCCCAGCGCCGGGAGGUUGGGUAUGAUUUUGAGGAGGACCAGGAAGGUACGCGCGUGCAUUUGCUGGUGCAUGACCUGCGUCCGCCGUUUCUGGAUGGGAGGACCAUCUUUACCAAGCAGGUUGAUCCCGUGCCGGCUGUGCGCGAUCCGACGAGCGACAUGGCUGUGUUCAGUCGGAAGGGCAGUCGUGUGGUGAGGGAGCGCCGGCAGCAGCGUGAGCGCCAGCGUCAGGCCCAGGCUGCUACCAACGUGGCCGGUACGGCGCUGGGCAACCUGAUGGGCGUCAAGGAGGACGACACGGACAGCGCGGUGCCGAUUGCGAGCGAAGAUGCGUCCAAGGCCCAGUCGAGCAGUGGCACCAGCAAGUUCAGCGAUGCCAUCAAGAAGCAAGAGGGCGCCAGCAACUUCAGCCAGAGCAAGACGCUCAAGGAGCAGCGCGAGUUCCUGCCGGCUUUCGCCGUGCGCGAAGAUCUGCUGCGCGUCAUUCGCGAUAACCAGGUGGUCAUCGUGAUCGGCGAGACAGGGUCGGGCAAAACGACACAGCUGACGCAGUUCCUGUAUGAAGACGGCUACGGCAAGACGGGCAUGAUUGGGUGCACGCAGCCGCGUCGUGUAGCAGCUAUGAGCGUGGCGAAGCGUGUGGCCGAGGAGAUGGAGGUCAAGCUGGGUACGCUGGUCGGGUAUGCCAUCCGCUUCGAGGACUGCACUAGCAAGGAGACUGUCAUCAAGUACAUGACGGACGGCGUGCUGCUGCGCGAGUCGCUCAACGAGCCCGAUCUGGACCGAUACUCGUGCAUCAUCAUGGACGAGGCUCACGAGCGUGCCCUGAACACUGACGUGCUGAUGGGUCUGUUCAAAAAGAUCCUUCAGCGCCGGCGGGAUCUGAAGCUGAUCAUCACGUCGGCCACCAUGAACUCAAAGCGCUUCUCAGAUUUCUUUGGAGGCGCGCCCGAGUUCACGAUCCCCGGACGCACGUUCCCCGUCGACAUCCUCUUCCAUCGCUCGCCCGUCGAGGACUACGUUGACCAGGCGGUGCAGCAAGUGCUGGCAAUCCACGUCAGCAAACCCGCCGGCGACAUCCUGGUCUUCAUGACGGGCCAAGAGGAUAUUGAGGUGACGUGCGAGUUGAUCCAGGAACGGCUGGCUGCGCUCAACGACCCGCCCAAGCUCAGCGUGCUGCCUAUCUACAGUCAGAUGCCGGCAGAUCUGCAAGCCAAGAUCUUUGAUCGUGCCCCUCCCGGGGUGCGCAAGUGCAUCGUGGCUACGAAUAUUGCCGAGACGAGUUUAACGGUCGAUGGUAUCAUGUACGUGGUUGACUGCGGCUACUCCAAGCUCAAGGUGUACAACCCGCGCAUGGGCAUGGACACGCUGCAGAUUACGCCGAUUUCUCAGGCAAACGCCGCUCAGAGAGCUGGUCGUGCUGGACGCACUGGGCCAGGCCAGGCAUAUCGGCUGUACACGGAGAAGCAGUUCCGCGACGAGAUGUACAUGCAGACUAUUCCCGAGAUCCAGCGCACCAACCUCAGCAACACGGUGCUGCUUCUCAAGUCCCUCGGCGUCAAGGACCUGCUGGACUUCGACUUCAUGGACCCCCCUCCGCAGGACACCAUUACAACAUCUUUGUACGAUCUGUGGGCGCUUGGGGCGCUCGACAACCUGGGCGAGCUGACCGAGCUGGGCCGCAAGAUGAAUGCCUUCCCCAUGGACCCGCCGCUGGCCAAGCUGCUCAUCAUGUCGGAGGAAUAUGGCUGCAGCGAGGAAAUGGUGACCAUCGUGUCGAUGUUGUCGGUGCCGAACGUCUUCUACCGGCCCAAGGAACGGCAAGAGGAGUCCGAUGCGGCCCGCGAGAAGUUCUUCGUGCCCGAGUCUGACCACCUGACCUACCUGCACGUCUACACGCAAUGGAAGGCGAACGGCUACAGCGACGCGUGGUGUGCGCGACACUUCCUGCACUCCAAAUCGCUCCGUCGUGCGCGCGAGGUCCGCGACCAGCUACUGGACAUCAUGAAGAUGCAGCACAUGCGCAUGGUGAGCUGCGGCACGGACUGGGACAUCAUCCGCAAGUGCAUCUGCUCCGGCUACUACCACCAGGCGGCCAAGGUGAAGGGCAUCGGCGAGUACAUCAACCUGCGGACGUCUGUCACCGUGCAGCUGCACCCGACCAGCGCCCUGUACGGGCUCGGCUUCUUGCCCGACUAUGUCGUCUACCACGAGCUGAUCUUGACGUCGAAGGAGUACAUGUCGACGGUGACGGCCGUGGAUCCGCACUGGUUGGCUGAGUUGGGCGGCGUGUUUUACUCGAUCAAAGAGAAGGGGUACUCGGUGAGGGAGAAGAGGAUCACGGAGACAGAGUUUAGUCGGCGCAUGGAGAUUGAGGCGCAGAUGGCCGAGGACAGGAAGCGGGCUGAGGAGAAGAAGAGACAGGAGGAGGAGGAAGAAGAAGAAGGUUUGCAGCUCUCACGCAAGGGGAAGAAGAAGGCUGGCGAAAAGAAGGUUGUCAGGGUUGGUGCUGUGGUUAAGCCGGUGAGAAAGAGAGGAGGGAUCGGUUUUUAG